UGCUUUCAGUACAAAUUCGACACUUAACUGGUAUAGUAUGGGCACACUGGACCAGCAGACAGACAUUAUGCUUUCCUUUAAUUUCAUACGAGGAAUGCUGUUAUUGUUUAACCUAUUGCUUUGGUUUGCCGGUCUCUUAAUAAUCCUAACGGGCAUUUGGUUACAAACGGAUUUUCAAAACUAUUUGAAGAUCAGUAGCGGUUACUCGAUCUAUGUGCCCUACCUGUUGCUCAUCGUCGGCGGCAUCUUGGUGUUUGCUGCUUCGUUGGCCUGCUCGUGUAUCGUGAAGGUAGAUGCGACGAUGCUGGUAAUUUAUGGCGGUUUCCUCAUUGCUGCCAUGUUCACUUUGAUAUUAAUGUCCAUCUACAUAUACACUUAUAAGGAUAGUGUGAUAACUGAGUUACCGGCCGGUAUUGAACGGGAGGUUAACAACUAUAAUGCCUACAAAAAUGACCCUUUUCUUGCGAAUAACGCAACUCUCAUCGAUUAUAUACAGAAUAAUCUCGAAUGUUGUGGCGGCAAAAACCAUCUGGAUUGGCCGAAAGAUUCGCUACCGAACUCAUGUUGCUGGGACAGCGGCGCAAACAAGAAUUGUUCGGGUAACCAAUUUGGACAACUGCAUGAAGUGGGUUGUUUGCCUAAAUUGAUACGACUUAUCAACACAAAUCUCACCAGCAUUGGCGUAAUGCUUUCGGUCUUGGCUUUAUUUCCGCUUUUUGCUAUGGUCUUUUCCUACUCGCUGGCUUCGGCAAGUAGAAGAAUUGGCUACCAGCCGAUCGGAUGAGUUCUCGCGUGAUUCAAUAUAACAAAUAUUUCUUGUUGUAUAAAUUUCAUGUAUUUUCUUCUAAUUUAAGUCUGAUUAAAAUAUACGCACGGAUUUCACUAUAAAUUUAAA